GAAACUAGAAACUCCAUGAACAGUCAAGAGAAGAUGAAGACCCUAAUGCAACAGAAGAAAGGCAGGCGAUUGUUACUGUUUCCAUUGCCAUUACAAGGCCACAUUACUCCUAUGCUUCAGCUUGCAAACAUCCUUCACUCCAAAGGCUUCAGUAUCACCAUAAUUCACACUCACUUCAACUCUCCCAACCAAUUCAACUAUCCUCAGUUCACCUUCGAGCCUAUCUCCGACGGCUUGUCAGAAAACGAUGCUUCGACCAUAGAUGUCUUGGCUUUGAUCUCUCUCCUCAAUAGCAAUUGUGUUGAGCCGUUUCGUGAUUGCUUGGCUCGGUUGUUAUCGGAGGUUGCAGAAGAGCCUUUUGCGUGCUUAAUCACAGAUGCCGUCUGGUACUUCACACAGGCAGUGGUUGAUAGCCUUAAACUCCCAAGGAUUGUCAUACACACUACCAGCGUCUGCUCAUUUCUUGCUUUUGCUGCCCUUCCACUUCUAAGGGAAAAGGGGUAUCUGCCUAAGCAAG